GCAGCAGUGUAAAGACCAAGACCCAACCUCUUUCAUUCUAUCCAGACAUUUAUAUUUAUGUUGUUGACAAGGGAGAAAGUAGUUAAAAUCAGAAGACAUACAAAGUAGAAAAAAGAUGGAAGAUAUUGGAGUGACAGAGAAUGAGAAGCAACAAGUGUUGACAUCAAGACAUGAUGAGGAUCAUCAGGAGAAACAAGCUGCAAAGGAAGUCUUGGUUGACGGGGAAGAUGUUGAGGAGAAACCCCCCGUUGGAUUUAUCAACCACCUCAUUUCCAACUUCACCCCUGGAGGUAAACAACACGAGGAGGAAGAGAGUGUUAUCAACAACAAGAUGAGCUAUGAUGAACAAGAAGAAGAGAAACCAGUUGGUCUUAUUAACCAGAUCAUUUCCAGCUUUGCCCCUCAAGAGGAUACUAAAGAAAUCAACAAGGCAAGUGAGGAAAAAGACGAGGAGGAGGAGGAGGAGAAAGGAGGGGGGAUUUUGAGUCAUAUUAUGUCCAACUUGGUUUCAUCUCCAGCCUCAAGCCCCAGGGCCCAGGCAGCAGCAAAAGCUGGUGACCAUCUUUUCGACGAUGCCAAAACGUCGUCGGAGAAAGAUGGUACUAAUAGUAUUGUUGAUAACAUUGUGUCAAACUUGCCUACACCCCUACCAGAUGAUGCUGCGCCUGCAAGUGAUGAGGCCUCUAUUCUGAUCCACUCUAUCAUCCAUGACUAGCUUGCCCACUGAAGCCUUGUUUUAGUUUUGAUUUAGUUUUUAUCCUAUGCUUUUUACUGUUUUUAUUUUUUCCAAUUUUGGAGGGGAGCAUGCUACUUGACUAGAGCCCAUUGGUUUGUUGUAAAACUAAA